AUGGUAAGCAUGGCUGCUGUCAUCACUUGGGCCCUGGCCCUCCUCUCAGUGUUUGCAACCACUCAGGCACGGAAGGGCUUCUGGGACUACUUCCGCCAGAGCAGCCGGGACAAAGACAUGAUGGGCCAACAGCAGAAGCUGGCACAGGAGAACAUGAAAAAUAGCUUCGAGCAGGACCUCUACAAUAUGAACAAUUUGCUAGAAAAGCUAAGCCCCUCGAGUGUUCCGGGGAAAGAGCCUCCCCAGCUGGCACAGGAUCCAGAAGGCAUGAGGAAGCAGUUGCAGCACGAGCUGGAGGAGGUGAGAGCUCGCCUGGAGCCCUACAUGGCUGCAAAGCACGAGCUGGUAGGCUGGAACUUGGAGGGCUUGAGGCAGCAGCUGAAGCCCUACACGGUGGAGCUGAUGGAGCAGGUGGGCCUGAGUGUGCAGGAGCUGCAAGAGCAGUUGCGUCUGGUGGGAGAGGACACCAAGGCCCAGCUGCUGGGGGGCAUGGAUGAGGCGCUGAGCCUGCUGCAGGAAAUGCAAAAUCGAGUGAUGCAUCACACAGACCGGGUCAAAAAACUCUUCCACCCUUACGCAGAGCGCUUGGUGACUGGCAUUGGGCACCAUGUGCAGGAGCUGCACCGUAGUGUCGCUCCUCACGCGGCUGCCAGCCCCGCGCGACUCAGUCGCUGUGUGCAGACCCUGUCCAACAAACUCACACUUAAGGCAAAGGACCUGCACACCAGCAUCCAGCGCAACCUGGACCAGCUGCGCGAGGAGCUCAGUGCUUUCGUUGGUGCCAGCGUAGAUGGGGCAGAGGAUGGAGUCUCCCCGGACCCGCAGGCUCUCUCUGAGGAGGUCCGCCAGCGACUUCAGGCUUUUCGACACGACACCUUUAUACAGAUCGCAGCAUUCACUCGCGCCAUUGACCAGGAGACAGAGGAAGUCCAGCAACAGCUAGCACCUCCUCCUCCUGGCCACAGCGCCUUCGCUCCUGAGUUGGGACACUCAGACAGUAACAAGGCCCUGAGCAGACUGCAGAGCCGACUGGAUGACCUGUGGGAAGAUAUUAGCUAUAGCCUUCAUGACCAGGGUCAUAGCCAGCUGAGAGAGCCCUGA